GUACAAUUAAUGAAGGUCUGGAUCAAGAAAAUGUUUGGAGAGAACCCAAAGCAUUCCAACACUAUUGCGAGGAUAGUUAAUAAACAUCACUUCUUUAGAUUGAAGAAUCUUCUUGCUGAUCAAGAGGUCAAUAAAUCUGCUGUUUAUGGUGGCUCAAUGGACGAAGAAAACUUAUUUAUUGAGCCGACAAUCCUGGUGAAUCCCCCACUUGAAGCAGCAAUCAUGGCAGAGGAAAUAUUUGGCCCAUUGCUUCCAAUUAUUACUCUGGAGAAGAUUGAGGACAGUAUUAAAUUCAUAAGUUCUAGGCCUAAGCCUCUUGCCAUUUAUGCUUUCACCAAAAACAAAACACUGCAGAGAAGAAUGGUAUCUGAAACAUCUUCUGGCAGCUUGACUUUCAACGAUGCAAUUAUACAGUAUGUAGCGGAUUCUCUCCCAUUUGGAGGAGUUGGUGAAAGUGGGUUUGGCAUGUACCAUGGGAAGUUCUCCUUUGACACAUUCAGCCACCAUAAGGCGAUUGCCAGAAGAAGUUUCCUCACUGAUUUUUGGUACAGGUAUCCUCCAUGGACACUCAAUAAGUUUCAACUACUUGAGGUCUCUUACAACCUUGAUUAUCUUGGAUUGCUCCUUGUCCUGUUGGGCUUAAAGAGACCUUCACAACGCAGAUCUUAUUUUGCUAGCUCGUGA